AUGCUGAAGCCCGGAGACCCCGGCGGCUCGGCCUUCCUCAAAGUGGACCCAGCCUAUCUGCAGCACUGGCAGCAACUGUUCCCGCACGGCGGCGGCGGGGGCCCGCUCAAGGGCGGCGGGGCCGCGGGGCCCCUGGGCGCGCCGCAGCCUCUCCAGCCGCCGCCGCCGCCCCCUGAGCGCGCGGAGCCUCCGCCGGACAGCCUGCGCCCGCGGCCCGCCUCGCUCUCCUCCGCUGCCUCCACCCCGGCUUCCUCCUCCACCUCGGCCUCCUCCGCCUCCUCCUGCGCCGCCGCCGCCGCCGCCGCCGCCGCCGCGCUGGCGGGUCUCUCGGCCCUGCCCGUGGCGCAGCUGCCCGUGUUCGCCCCCCUGGCCGCCGCCGUCGCCGCGGAGCCGCUGCCCCCCAAGGACCUGUGCCUGGGCGCCGCCUCGGGCCCGGGGCCCUCCAAGUGCGGCGGCGGCGGGGACGGCCGGGGCGCCCCGCGCUUCCGCUGCAGCGCGGAGGAGCUGGACUAUUACCUGUACGGCCAGCAGCGCAUGGAGAUCAUCCCGCUCAACCAGCACACCAGCGACCCCAACAACCGUUGCGACAUGUGCGCGGACAACCGCCACGGAGAGUGCCCCAUGCACGGGCCGCUGCACUCGCUGCGCCGGCUGGUGAGCACGGGCAGCGCCGCGGCUGCCGCGCCCCCGCCGGAGAUGCCCGAGUGGCUGCGGGACCUGCCGCGCGAGGUGUGCCUGUGCACCAGCACCGUGCCCGGCCUGGCCUACGGCAUCUGCGCGGCGCAGAGGAUCCAGCAGGGCACCUGGAUCGGGCCCUUCCAGGGCGUACUCCUGCCCCCAGAGAAGGUGCAGGCCGGCGCCGUGAGAAACACGCAGCAUCUCUGGGAGUAUGGCAAUAACAGUCUUCGAGAAAAUCAAAAAUCAAAACACGGGCACACUUUGCGACAAUAA